GAAUUUAUCUCGAACAAGGGGCAUAAUUUAAUCAAUUAUUUUGGCUAAAACGACAACGUCUCGCGUGACUGCGGUAAUUUGCCUCAACAAAGGAGAAGAAACGCCGAUGACUGAAGAGUGAAGACUGUAAUGGUCGAUAGCCAAUUCCACCAGAGUAAAGAGGAAAAGGUAGAAAGAAAGGAAGGUGUAGCAAAUAAUGGCUGUAUCUCCAAAAUUAUACGUCAAUAAACCUAAAAAAGCGCAGCUGAAGCAACAUCAGCAACAACAGGUAUCUUCUCCACUACCACCGGCGCCGCCGCCGUCUUCAUCGUCGUCGUCGAUGGCGUCAUCAGCAUCUGCGCGCAGUGCGGCUCCACCGCCUCAGCCGCCUAGGGAAUCUUUCGUCCGUCGUUAUAAGUACCUCUGGCCUAUGCUAUUGGCUGUCAAUUUCUCUAUUGGAGCUUACCUUUUCAUGAGGACAAAGAAGAAAGAUGUAGGAACCGAUGAAGGAGAAAUACCAGAUGUUCCUAGUGCCGCUGUUUCAACAGCAGCUGCUACGGCAGUUAGUGAAAAGGAAAAGGAAGUCACUAAAGAAGUAGCUACUUCACCUUCUGCGCUGCCUGUGGUUGUACGUGAGCCAAUACCUGAGAAUCAACAGCGUGAACUAUUUAAGUGGAUGUUGGAAGAAAAGAGAAGAAUUAAGCCAAAAGAUCACGAGGAGAAAAGGCGCAUUGAUGAGGAGAAAGCCAUUCUCAAGCACUUUAUUCGAGCCAAGUCCAUUCCAGUUUUGUAGUUUCUGACUCUUGACGAACUUCAAUACUCCUGGGCGUGGAUGAAAAACUUAAUCUUCAGGUUGGACUAUUUCAUCUUUUUUGUUUUUUCCAAAUGCGAGAAGGUGCUGAAGUAAUGAAUCGAACAACGAAUCGAUGUCAGAUCUCUAUCUCCAAUUCUUUGGUUUUUCACCAGAAACUUUGUAAAUAAAUUUGCAGGCUUUAACUAUGAAUUUUCACUGUCUAGAAGACAUCAUAUAGUUGUUAUUGUCUUUAUUCUACCUUUACCCAAAUUGGAAGACUGCUGUAUUACUCUA